AUGGAAGAGGCGCUGCUCUCCACCCCUAUUAACCCCAACAACUUCCCUGCCAAGCUGUGGCGGUUGGUGAACAGCCCCCGGUACCGCUCGAUCCGCUGGGACAGCCGCGGCGAGGGGCUGCUCAUUGACCAGCCGCUCUUCGAGGCCGAGCUGCUCAGUCCGCCCCGGCCGGCGGCUGCGGGCGGCGUCGGGGUCGCCGGGGGCCCCGCGGGCCCCGGGACCGAGCCCGAACUCUUCAAAACCACCAACUUCACUAGCUUCAUCCGCCAGCUCAACCUCUAUGGCUUCCGCAAGGUGGUGCUAGGCGGGCCGGGCACCGCGGGGCCCGGGCCGGGGUCAAGGGGCGGUGGACCGGCGGGCGACGGGCCGCUGCACCACUUCCACAGCCCGCACUUCCGCCGCGACCAGCCGCAGCUGCUCGUGCGCCUCAAGAGGCUCACCACCGCUAACAAGGCCAAGCUGGCGGCAGGCCUGGAGGUGCCCUGCCGCCCGCCCAACCGCUUCCAGAGGCUCCUCAUCACGUCGGCCUCCGCCUCCAUCUCGGCCUCCCUGCUGCAGCACCCAGAGCCGCCGCCUCCCGCGGGGCUCCAGCCCGAGCCGCACGGACCAGUGGCUGUAGGACAAAUCCACCAGUCAUUCCAGCAAGAUAGUUUGUCUCCUUACUCCUAUGCAUCAGCUUCAUCCCAGAACCACAGUACUUUUCCUCUGAAAGGUUUAGAUCGGACCCCGAUUCCUCCUAGAACAUGGCAAAACUCCCUUGGAAUGAACCCAGGACAAGUGGAAACGUCUCCCACUUUUUCAGAUAAAGGUGUUCCAUUUCCUAUACUGCAGAGGUUUCCACCUGAGGUUACCUAUACCCUGCAGCCCAGCGCCACAUCUGUACAUGUUCAGCAAGGUCCUCAAACAAUGGUCAGUUCCUCCCAAAAAUACAGUAACUACACAUCCUCAGCACAGUACUCCCAAGCCUACUAUCCAACAGCUGUGCUACAGUGCUGUUCUCCUACCCACAUGGAUGCUCUAAGUAGUUGUGUCACUCCCGCUGCCUCUUCCUAUGCGUACCAUAACUAUUUCCAGAAUCCUCCAAUGCAAUCCUCCUAUCCAGUUGAAUUUCUGCCUUCUAAUUGGCCUUGCAGUGCUACUGAUGAAAAUAAUAAGACAGAAGUAAAUCUAGAGGCUGUUUUUCAGAUAGUAGAUGAAUUUCAUUCCUCCCCGAACCUGGAGAUGGUAAAGGUGGAGCCUGUUGAGAGUCAGUGCCCAACAUCUCAGUGUAACAGAGGCCAACAUAUCCUAGCUAAUUUAAAUAACAGCAAUUCAUCUUCCACAAGUGAUGCUAGCCAGCUGGAGCCACUUACUUCUGUAGGCUCAGAUAUUACGUCUUUCAUGGUCGGAAUAGAACAAGCAAUUACCUGCUCUCUACCCCAGUCGCCUGAGUACACCUACGCCAUCCACACAGCUCAGCCUGUUGAAAAUACUACAGUGCAGGAAUCCGCAGCCAUCCAAGAAGCUCAUGUCACACCGAAGGAGCAGCCAAGUCAUAGUCCAUCUCCAUCUUCAGUAGUGUUUGUACAGGAAGGGCUGCCUUUCAGCACACACCAGGUGGAUGCAAGUAUAAAAUGCCAAAGAAAUCCACCUGAGAAUAUCUUGCCUUCAGAACAGAUGGGAUUCCUUAUUUCAGAAAUGGAGCCUGCUAGCAAGUCUAGUAAAGACACAGGUUUAUCCACUCCAGCCAGAUACAGAGAGCUAAGAAGCAACUCACAGUACGGAAAGUCUCCUGAUCUUCAUCUGCUGGUGGAUGUGGCCUGCAAGCAGGAGCACUUUCUAAAAGAGGAAGAAUUAAAGGAGUGAGGCAUGGAUGACAAAGUGACAUUGUGCACUAGCUGUACCUGGAGGCAGACUAGCCUUGCACAUGACACACUGUUGGGAUUUUAAAAGUUCUGUUAAGGAAAGAAAAGGUGUUUUUGUUUCGUUAAUUGAAAAUUGGGUAUUUGGUAUUUACUACAGCUGUUCAGUUCAGAUGAUUUACCUUGGCAAACUACUAAACAUCUAGCAGCAUGUUUUUUGCUGCCCAGAUCCCUUUUAAAUGAAAAGU